CUGGGGAAAUCCCAUGAUGACAUAGUGACAUCGCUCCCAAAAGAUGAAGAUGCCCCCGAGCUAGAGUCACGACUUCAAUUCCAUAAGAAAUUUAUGAUAGGAGCACAAAGUAACAGAGCGGGGUUAGGAUCAAAUAGGAAAGUCCAAGAUGCGGAUAUAUUGAAGUCUUUUAUUCGGCAAGACAAGAAUGAUAAAUAUAAGAUCCAUGCAAUGAAUUUAGAAAUGCAGAACGAGUGGUUAUUAGCAUUAAAAUGGCGCACUUUAAUUUAUGAUUGGUCGCCAGCAUUGCUAAAAUUCUAUCUCAAUGCGUUCCAGAUGACUCUCCCAGAUCAGAGUAAUUUAGUAAGAUGGGGUAAAAGUACCGAAAAAACUUGCUAUAUCUGUGGAAAGGCAGUUGGAACUGCUAAGCAUCUGCUGGUGGGAUGUAGGGUACUCCUGGACAGCGGUCAAUACUCGCGUCGUCACGAUAGGGUUCUAGAAGUCAUACGUGAAGCGGUUAGUCUUUCGGUAGCCAGAGCGCAAAAGGCAAUAACCACAAACGAACGAUCAGUAGGUUUUGUGAGAGAAGGCACUAGGGCUACAAAAUCAAACGUCAAGCCUUACUCCAUCCUUAAAGCGGUGUCGGAUUGGACUAUAAUGAUGGACACUUAUGAAAAGCAAUAUAAAAUCCCCGAGGAUAUUUGUGCGUCGGCCUCCAGACCGUAUAUAUAUUUGUUUUCGCGAAUUUUAAAGCGCGUAGUGAUGAUAGAGCUUACGGUCCCUUGGGAAACCAACAUGCCCAAAGACCAUACCAUCAAGGUCAACAAAUAUUACGAGCUCACAAACGAACUCACUCGAAAUAGGUUCGUAGCAGAUUUGUACGCGGUAGAGGUGGGAGCGAGAGGUAUAACAGCGAAAUCUCUCUACAACCUACUAAAGGACUUGGGCUUGUCCAGAACUCACAUUAAUGCAUUCUUGGAACGUAUAUCGAAGGCAGCCCUAGUAGGUUCUUUUCAAAUUUGGUUAGGUAGGGAGAGGAGCUUGGACAGUGGAGGUGAGCGUAUAAUGCGCGUUAGUUAA